AAUAACGCCACAUCGGAAAUAUAAGGGGAAAAGGAGAAGGAGGCAGAGUAGGGGGCUUCACCUUUGGAGUCUACAUAUGUCGCUUUUCUGCAAUAAUUCUGUUUUACAAUACUCUCUCAACUUUUCCGUCCUCGUCACAUCACCAUGGGGUUCAAAUCUCGUUUCGGCACCCAUGAUGCUAAUGUAGCUAUGGGGUUCCUGCGCGACAGCCACAGAAAUCAUACCACCGCCUUCUUGUCGGAGCUCGCAGGGACCUUUCUCUUCCUCUUUUUCUCUUUUGCCAUUGCCCAGGUGGCGCAUACCCCACCACCUUCUGAUGCGGACUCACCACCAAACCUCUUGGUCAUUUUCUUCAUUGCGCUUGGGUUCGGCUGUUCUGUGGCCGUGAACGUGUGGCUGUUCUACAGAGUCAGUGGUGGCAUGUUCAAUCCAGCGGUCACUUUGACACUUUGGCUCAUUCGCGCCGUGCCUACUUCACGCUGCGUGGUGGUCUUUCCGGCUCAAAUUAUCGGCGGCAUUGCUGCAGCUGGUGCUGUGUCUGCGACGUUGCCCGGGCCGAUGGCGGUGAACGUGAGGCUGGGAGGAGACACGACCGUUGCUCGAGGGUUGUUUAUCGAGAUGUUUGCAACGACUCAACUCAACUUUGCCGUCAUUAUGCUAGCCGCGGUCAAACACAAGGCAACUUACCUCGCACCCAUCGGCAUCGGCAUAGCUCUCUUCAUCGGCCAUCUCUUCAGUGAGUGCCAUCUGAUGCUCCGAUAAGUGAGCAAAUGACCCCCAGUGCCGCUAAUUUCGCCUAGGCAUUUACUACACCGGUGCAGGCAUCAACCCUGCUCGAGCAUUCGGCCCAGACGUUAUCACCCAUAGCUUUCCGGGCUACCACUGGAUCUACUGGGUUGGUCCGUUCCUUGGCUCCUUACUCUCGGCAGUUUUCUUUUUCCUUCUCGAAGUUCUCAACUGGAAAACGGCCAACCCUGGCCAAGACUACGACGACUUGGAGACUCAGGCCAUCACCCCGUCCAAAACGACCUCCCGGCCCAACGUGGCGCUGACUGAGCUGUAGGGUGCUCAGAGACUGUUGGCUCUCAUGCGGACGCAGCCAAUGAUAUGUUCGGGCGGUGUGCUGAAGGAUGAAACUGAGUUCAAAAAGUGCCAUAGUGACACAUAUACCCGGGGAGAGGCGGAUAGAUUACGUUCGGCAAGAAAAGGAAAGACAAAAGUACUCAAUAUUUUAGUGAACACCACAACGAUAAGGCUCGAAAUGAGGGAUGGGAAGCACCUACUACUGGAGGUGGCAUCUGUAACACUCACUGAUAUAUGGCUUAAAUGGUUAGACAAAUAUUUUGGAUCUUCUUCUGCCACCUCGAUUCUUAGCAGGCUUUAUAUUUUGAGCCGAGCAUUUCUUGAUUCACGUCAAGAGCUGGAUUGGAACAGAGUAAGG